UAAAAAAAAAAAAAGGAAAAAAAAAAAACUAUGAGCUGCUGCUAAAAAAAAAAAAAAAAGCAAAUACAGAACAGCAGCGGCGGACUUGUCCCCGGCUGGAGCCCAGCGCCCCGCCUGGAGUGGAUGAGCCUCUCCAUGAGAGAUCCGGUCAUUCCUGGGACAAGCAUGGCCUACCAUCCGUUCCUACCUCACCGGGCGCCGGACUUCGCCAUGAGCGCAGUGCUGGGUCACCAGCCACCCUUCUUCCCCGCGCUGACGCUGCCUCCCAACGGCGCCGCGGCGCUCUCGCUGCCGGGAGCCCUGGCCAAGCCGAUCAUGGAUCAAUUGGUGGGGGCGGCCGAGACCGGCAUCCCUUUCUCGUCCCUGGGGCCCCAGGCGCAUCUGAGGCCUCUGAAAACCAUGGAGCCCGAAGAAGAGGUGGAGGACGACCCCAAGGUGCACCUGGAGGCUAAGGAACUUUGGGAUCAGUUCCACAAGCGGGGCACAGAGAUGGUCAUUACCAAGUCGGGAAGGCGAAUGUUUCCUCCAUUUAAAGUAAGAUGUUCUGGACUGGAUAAAAAAGCCAAAUACAUUUUAUUGAUGGACAUUAUAGCUGCCGAUGACUGUCGAUAUAAAUUCCACAAUUCUCGGUGGAUGGUGGCGGGUAAGGCCGACCCUGAAAUGCCAAAGAGAAUGUAUAUUCACCCAGACAGCCCUGCCACCGGCGAACAGUGGAUGUCCAAAGUCGUCACUUUCCACAAAUUGAAACUCACCAACAACAUUUCGGACAAACAUGGAUUUACUUUGGCCUUCCCAAGUGAUCACGCAACGUGGCAGGGGAAUUAUAGUUUUGGUUCCCAGACCAUACUGAACUCCAUGCACAAAUACCAGCCCCGGUUCCACAUUGUAAGAGCCAACGAUAUCUUGAAACUUCCUUAUAGUACAUUUCGGACGUACUUGUUCCCCGAAACCGAGUUCAUCGCUGUAACUGCAUACCAGAACGAUAAGAUAACUCAGUUAAAAAUAGACAACAAUCCUUUUGCAAAAGGGUUCCGGGACACUGGAAAUGGCAGAAGAGAGAAAAGAAAACAGCUCACCCUGCAGUCCGUGAGAGUAUUUGAUGAAAGACACAAGAAGGAGAAUGGGACCUCCGAUGAGUCUUCAAGUGAACAGGCAGCCUUCAACUGCUUCGCCCAGGCCUCCUCUCCAGCGGUGUCCACUGUGGGGACCUCAAACCUCAAAGAUCUGUGUCCCAGCGAGGGAGAGAGUGACGCUGAGGCCGAAAGCAAAGAGGAGCAGGGCCCGGAGGCCGGUGACGCGGCCAAGAUCUCUACCACCACCUCGGAGGAGCCGAGCCGCGACAAGCAUAGCCCGGCGGUCAAGGCGCACCUCUUUGCGGCAGAGCCCAGUGGCCGGCCUCGGGACAGCGGACGGCUGGACAAGGCAUCGCCUGACUCGCGUCACAGCCCGGCCACCAUCUCCUCUAGUACCCGCAGCCUGGGCGCGGAGGAGCGCCGAAGCCCGGGCCGCGAGGGCAUAGCCACGUCCAAGGUCGAGGAAGUACGCGCACUGCCGGGCAAGGAAGCCUUCGCGCCGCUCACGGUGCAGACCGAUGCGGCUGCGCACCUGGCCCAGGGCCCCCUGCCUGGCCUGGGUUUCGCCCCCAGCUUGGCUGGUCAGCAGUUCUUCAACGGGCACCCGCUUUUCCUGCACCCCAGCCAGUUUGCCAUGGGGGGUGCCUUCUCUAGCGUGGCAGCCGGCAUGGGGCCGCUGCUGGCCACAGUGUCCGGGGCCUCCACGGGUGUCUCGGGUCUGGAUUCCACUGUCAUGGCCUCUGCUGCUGCUGCACAGGGACUGUCGGGGGCGUCUGCGGCCACCCUGCCCUUCCACCUCCAGCAUCACGUCCUGGCCUCUCAGGGCCUGGCCAUGUCGCCUUUCGGAAGCCUUUUUCCUUACCCCUACACGUACAUGGCAGCUGCUGCCGCCGCCUCUGCUGCAGCCGCCUCCAGCUCUGUGCACCGCCACCCCUUCCUGAAUCUGAACACCAUGCGACCCAGGCUGCGUUACAGCCCCUACUCCAUCCCGGUGCCGGUCCCCGACAGCAGCAGCCUUCUCACCACCGCGCUGCCAUCCAUGGCAGCCACCAUGGGGCCCCUGGACGCCAAAGCCACUGCCCUGGCCGCCAGCCCAGCCUCCGUGGCUGUAAACGCCCCCACCCUCUCUGCCACUCCCUCCGCCAGCGCGUCGACCUUGUCCCCCAAACUCUGCUCUGACAAAGAGGCAGCCACCAGCGAACUGCAGAGUAUCCAGCGGUUGGUCAGCGGCCUGGAAGCCAAGCCGGACAGGUCCCGCAGUGCAUCCCCAUAAGUCCCUCCCCAGAGAUGUCUCUUCAUUCCAGUCCAGUCCAGUCUGCAGUGCACUUUGUAUGAUGUAAAAUAAACCGCAGGCCCCUGUCGGGGUUAAGCCCUUCCUUCGGCAUCCCGGCUAGGAAGGGGUGCAGGACUCCCUCAAGAGAAGAUGCAAGAAUGUUCUAGAGACAGGCCCUGUUGUCUUGGCGUGGUUUAUAUAUCCAGGGUCUGGCCCAGAUCUGGGGGAGGGGGGCUCAGAAACUUCUGCCACAUGGAGCUACUAGGGGCAGGAGUCAAUUCACUUAAUGUCCAGAGUAACUUCCAGCAAGGCUGGUCUGGAGAAAAGGGUACUAAACCCACCAGGAGGGGAGGUGUUGAAAGCAUUUCCCUCAGACGGAAUUUCUGUAUAUAUUUUCCUUCGCCGUGUCAAGUGGAAAUGAAAACAAAUGCCACUUUUUAAAACUAAGGGAGACAAAGGAAUCACAUUGAACACGGUUCUGUUUGUGAAGAUUCACCCCACUUCAGAGUGACUGGCCUAUCAGUUCUCCAUGGAUCUCUGAGCAGAUUGUUUGGGAAGGGAAAUCCCCGCCACAUUUGUUUAGUCUCUAUUAAGGAAAUCUGUGUCUUUUUAAUAUUCUUGUGAUGUGUUAAGAGCCGCUGUAGGUCUCUUCUUGCAUGAUUCCACAGUCAUGUAUUUGUGGUUUUUUUUUUUUUUUUAAAUUUCAAACGCUUGCUUUUAGAGAGGAAAAAUAAAAAUCAUAACCCCACACCUUUUCUCCAAUCCUGAGCCCUCGAAUGAGAAAGACCAAUGGAGGAGGAUCUUGAACGGAAGGGGUAGAGAAAGCGCCCCCCCCCCAAAAAAAAGAAUUUAUUUGAUCUAAACUCUGCAGCAGAACUCACAUCUGCCCUCUUUGACAGUCCUUUCUCUGUCCUGUAUAUGCAAUAACAAGGUUUUAAAAAAAAUAAUAAAGAAGCGAGACUAUUAGACAAAGUAUUUAUGUAAUUAUUUGAUAACUCUUGUAAAUAGGUGGAAUAUGAAUGCUCAGAAAAUUAAACUUUAAUUUAUUGACAUUGUACAUAGCUCUAUGUAAAUAGAAUUGCAACUGUCAGGUUUUGUGUUCUCUCUCUCCUCUUCUUCUUCUUUUAUUCUUUUGUCAGUUUUAUUUCCAGGUCCCAGAAUUGCUGUUAGCAUGAGAAAACUCAUUUUCUGCACCAACACCAAACACACUUUACAAAAGAGUGGUCUGCAAACUUGUUUGGUUUUUGUUUUUUUUUUAAAUAUUCCAAAUGGAGAGGGUCCUAUUUUCUCUUUAAACCCAAAGUGGGUGCCACUUUCCAGCUCCACUGCAAAUUCCUUAAACUCUUAACUGGUUCUGAGCUUGCUGUAGAGCAGUGUGGAGGCUGUGUAUUAGACUAAUUUUUCUUUUGCAUUUGUACCCUGAUUUUCUCAAAACAAAGUGAGAUUUACUAGUGUUGUCAAUAAUCAAUGGUGUUUCCAACUGGUGCCUGCAGAGAGAGAGAGUUCAAAGGUCAGGUGCUGAGAG